AUGUUGGACUUAGACAAAAGGCCACCCCCUCAUCCCCGCCAAAUAAGAGCAGGCGGCAGGCCGGGAGGCAGGAGCUCUUCCCCAGGGGCCUCUCCUCCAGGCAGGCGGGCAGGAAGGGCCCGCACCACCGGGCUCCUCUGGGGCCACCUGAGGGGACCAGUCUCCCCUCCCCUCCCCUCCCCUCCCACCAGCACGGCCAGCCUCCCGCUGCGCCGCGGCCCCCGGCCCCCGCAGUCCUGCCGCAGGGCCCUCCAGCCCGGAGCCCGGGGCGAAGGAGCUGGAGGGCGUGUGCUCGUCGCCGCCAAGGCCCCUGAGGGCAUUCACGGGUGGAAGUGCGUGGGGCGAGGUCGCGGCGCCCGCGAGGGGGCGGAGACGCCGCCACCUUCUCACACAAGACGGACGGCGGGGCUGGCAGCGACAGGGAACCUGGAACAGUCACAAGGGAAAGUGGAGGUUCGCCUGCGAGGCCCGCCCCCGGGUGCGAGCAAAGAGAUGGGGUUUGGAGGUGUGUGUCUCACUUACGUCGCUCAGGCUGGUCUUGAACUCCUGGCCUCAAGUGAUCCUCCCGCCUCAGCUUCCGAAAGUGAUAGGAUUAUAGGCGUGAGUCACCACGCUCAGCUGGGAAUCUUUUCUUUUUGGCUUCAUCUUAACACUUGGCCAAGUGCCUGGGAUGUAUUAUAGAAGGUGCUUAACAAAUGCUUGCUGAAUAAAUAAAAAGGAUUCUUCAAAGCUUUUUAUUUUUUCUCCCUGACAUCCUUUCCUAUUCACCUACUCUAAUUUAUAAGCUGUUUUUUUCUAUUAACAUACCCUGACCUUUUUUUCAUGUUGUUACAGCCUUUCUAAACAUUUUUGAUGACUACAUAAUAUUCCAGAGUGGAUGGACCAUAUUUAAAUCAUUUUUAUAUUUGGACUGCUUUCAGAUUUUUUGGCUACUAUCAUAACACUUGAAAAGCAAUUUGGCCUUGCCUAUUUGUGGUACUUCCCAGCAAUCAGUUCCUCAAUCAGCAACUCUGAAGAACGAGUUUGUUGGGUUUCCUUGUUUCUGACUCCCACACAGCAAGGUAGUGGCGGAAAGUAGUUACUACCAGUGAGGCCUUCGUGAGCGUUCUCAUUCCUGAGUCUUUGUACUGAGAACUAAAAUAAAAUCCUAAGCCCCCACUUGACUGGACACUUUCUUGGUCAAGGGGACCCCAAAGAAACCUUAAAGCUGAGUUCACAGCCAUAAUGGCUUUUUUU